AUGGCGAAAGAACAAGCCCUUUACUCGCACGGUCAUCACCAAUCUGUGGUGGAGGAUCAUGCUCGUCGUACUGCUCAGAACUCGGCAGCCUUUCUUCUGCCUCAUAUCAAGCCCAAAGACACUAUUCUCGACAUUGGGUGUGGACCCGGGACCAUCACAGCUGAUCUAGCAGCUUUCGUCCCUCAAGGAAAGGUCAUUGGUGGUGAUGCUGUUGAGGUUGUCUUGAAACAGGCAUCAGAAUAUGCCUCUUCGCGAGGGUUGACGAAUAUCAGCUUUCAACAGAUUGACGCUAAUAAUCUACUAUUCCCGGAUAACUUCUUUGACAUUGUGUUCUGCCACCAAGUCCUUCAACAUGUCAAGGAUCCAGUAGCAGUACUCAAAGAAAUGCGACGAGUUGCCAAACCAGGCGGUAUCGUUGCUGCUCGCGAAGCAGACUACAAGUCCUUUGCAUGGUAUCCUGAGCCGCCUGAAAUCUCCAGAUGGGCAGAGAUCUAUCAGAAAGUGGCGAGAACUAAUGGUGGUGAGCCCAACGCGGGGAGGUACUGUCACGUCUGGGCCCGACAAGCCGGUUUCACACCAGAAGAAAUCGAGACAACAUGGGACACAUGGAGGUACAGCGGAGAAAGACUUGUGCAGUUUUCUCAGAGCUGGGCUGGAAGAAUCUUGCAACCAGGAUUUUUGGGGACAGCCGUGAGAGAAACUUUCGCCACAGAAGACGAGGUCAGGGCUAUCUCAGAGGCAUGGAAGAAAUGGGGAUUGGAAGAGAGCGCUUUCUUUGCCAUUCCCAGUGGACAGAUUUUGUGUCGGAAGACUUGA